GCGUUCACCGUUCCCUUCGUCUUCCAGACCCCGACCUCACUACUUUUGACAACGAGCUCAACAAUGGCCGAAGAUAACGUUCUCCCCAUUCCGAAUCUUACUCUCCCACAACAAUAUUAUACUCUUCUCCAACCUUCCCUCUCCACUCUCCAUGCAGCGGCCCGCACAUCUCUCCUGGAAGGUAUCAAGGCAGACUCCAUGGCACCAUACUAUCGCCUAGUCACUGCAGCAGGUGCACUUAACAUGGACGAAGAGCUGCUGAAACAGAUGGAGAAGCAAAAUGAGGAGGAACUCGAAAAGUUGGACAAGCGGCUGAAGGACGCUGAGGAGACGGAGGGUGAGAGCGAAAUCGGGGACGCACUGAAAGCGAAGGCGGCCUAUUUGACCAAGAUCGGAGAGAGGGAGAAGGCCAUUGAAGCUCAAACGCUUGCCCUGGACAAAACACCAGGGCUUGGUUCGCGCAUCGACAUCACCCUUACUCUUGUCCGAAUUGGGCUCUUCUUCGCCGAUAUCCCAUUAAUUACCUCCAACCUCACAAAAGCCGAAUCUCUCGUCGACGAAGGAGGAGACUGGGAUCGCCGGAACCGCCUGAAGGUCUAUUCCGGUCUACACGCGCUGUCAAUACGGAAGUUCAGGCAGGCCAGCGACCUGUUCAUUGAUGCACUGAGCACGUUCACUGCGACAGAGCUACUGUCGUACAACGACUUUGUGGCGUUGACGGUCAUUAGUGCUGUAUUGACGUUGAACCGGGUGGAUCUGAAGAAGAAGAUUAUCGCAGCACCAGAAGUCAACCAAGUUCUUCCCGAACUCCCAGUUCUUGCUGAUGUCACAAAAUCUCUGUACGACUGCCACUACGACAAGUUCUUCGUCGCCCUCGCAACCCUUGAACAAACCCAUCUGCUACCCUCGCGCUUGCUCGCACCACACGCGCGGUACUACGUCCGCGAGAUGCGUAUCCUCGCCUACACCCAACUCCUCGAGAGUUACAGAAGUUUGACACUGGAGAGCUUGAGCAGAGCCUUCGGUGUUUCUGUAGAAUUCAUGGACACCGAACUCUCCCGCUUCAUCGCCUCGGGUCGUCUGCAUGCCUCCAUUGACAAAGUACAUGGGAUCGUCGAGACAAAUCGGCCGGAAGUGAAGAAUGCGCAGUGCGAGACGGUGUUGAGGAAGGGAGACGUGCUAUUGAACAGUGUGCAGAGGUUGAGUAAGGUUUUGUAUUAGUUGCGACCGCCGGUGUCCAGUCAGUUCUGCCUUGUGUUUCGCAUUUCGAAUCAGGAAGCUGGGUGUAAUAUUGUGGUGCAGACUGUUAUGAGAUAUUGAGGACGGGACUUCAUUGCUUGGAGCUAGGAGCGCCACAUCACCGACAAUCGUGGGACAUUCGCUGUGCCACGCCACCUGGAACGAGCUCUGGCCAGUAACGUUUUGCAGGCCUCGACGUGUUUGCCUUUGACCAUACGAUUCUCAAAUGAUACAACAGAAUAUGAA